UAUCAUGAUGGCGGUAGCCUGGACUAUUUUGAAUUCCGUCCCGCUUUUUGAACAAUUCAAUUGCUGUAGUAUGUAAAAUGUGCUAUUAUUCUGGGGAUAACACACGAUAAGUGAAGCUCUAUCAUGGACUCCGUCGUGGGGGCCGAUUUGACGCUCCCCGUUGACAUUAACGGAAGCUGCAGACUGCCAGACUCCAUAGAUGCUGGAGAAUUUUCCAUGGACAGCAUGACAGCUCCAUCCUUCCCUGACAAGAUGUCCCCAAUCAAAGCUCUCACCAUGAAGGAUUAUGAGAAUCAAAUCACAGCUCUGAAGAAAGAGAACUUUAACCUGAAGCUGCGCAUUUACUUCAUGGAGGAGCGCAUGCAGCAGAAAUGUGACGACUCCACUGAGGACAUUUUCAAAACGAACAUUGAGCUUAAGGUGGAGCUGGAGUCUAUGAAGAGAGACCUGGCAGAGAAACAUGAACUCCUCGUGUCUGCAUCGAAAGCGUUGGAGAGUCUUGCUGGUCGAGAAUCCGGAGAACCCCAGCGUGUGAAAGAGCACGCUCGGAAAGAGAUGGAUGCACUUAGAGAUGCAUUCAACAAAAGGAUAGCUGACUUGGAGCAGUGUCUGAAAACGGCUGAGGAAGAGGUUGACAAGAUGGCAGCCAUCGCUGAGCAGGAGAAGCUGAAGAAUAUUAACAUGGAAAAGCAGCUCCAAGCCCUGGGUCCCCUCAGCACCUUCCCCCCCGGGACUAGCCAAGCACAAGACCUGCAGCAGGCUCUGCAGGAAAAAGACAGUGUCAUUGAGCAGCUCAAGAUGACUUUAAAGAACCAGGAAGCUGCGAUCCAUCAGAAGAAAAGUACAGACCAAGAGACAGAUCAACCAUCAGCUGACAGUUUCAAACAUCUUUCUGAUCUCAUAGCCGAGAAAGAUCAGGAACUUGAGGCACUGAGGGACAUGCUACACAGGGACAAGGACAAAACAACUCCGGACUCUCAGAGUGAGGUUCGGCGAGUGGAGUCCUACAAUAAGCUGCUGACUGAAAAGUUCACCCAGGCACAAAGCACCAAUGAUGACCUGAGUCAAACACUGGAGGAAACCCAGAAUCAGAACAAGGUCCUGUUAGGGCAGCUGGAGGGGAAGGACAAUGAGCUCAACUCUGAGAAGAAAAAUGCUCUAAAGCGAGACAAAACCAUCCAGGGAUUUACUCAGGUUCUGAAAGAAAAGGAAAAAGAGAUUGCAGAGCUGUGUCAUGAGAUUGAGGACCGGGACGAUGCUCUGGCCAAGGCUAGAGAAGCAGCACAUAAAGCCCAACUGCAGAAAUACCAGGGAGUAGAAGAGCACCAAAACCUGUUAAUGACGAAGCAAACGGAGCUCGCCCAACUCCAGGGGGAAUACCACGCCAAGGUGCUUGAGGCCCAAAAGCUGCAGCGGGGCCUGGACAGAAAGGAGCAAGAGCUGGCUGACCUGCAGCAGGCAAAGGACCAGCUAGAGUUGGAACUGGAGGACCUGCAACAGCAGAAGAAGAAGGGGGACAAGGCCCUGAAUGAUCUGAUCAAUCAGCUGAAAAAGCUGAGCAGUGAGAUUGGAGACAGAGAGAGUGCUCUGGAGCAGCAGUACCAGGAGCUGCUGGAUCAAAUCCAAAGAAAAGUGCAAUCCCAUGAGGUCACCAUCCAGCGGCUCACAUCCUCUCUGGCUGAUAAAGAGCAGCAGCUACAGGAGUACAUAAACACGGACAGAGGUUUUGAACAAAGUAAAAAUCCAGGAGGAAACGACAAUGUGCUUUCCAAGCUGCGGCAAAGGCUGAAAGAAAAGGAGAAGGCUCUGGAGCAAGCGCUGGAUGAGAAGUUUGCUGCCAUAGAGGAGAAAGACAAUGAGAUACACCAGCUGCAGCUGUCUCUCAGGGAGAAGGAGAGAGACCUGGAAAGACUGAACAACUUGCUCUCUCACAACGAGGAGACCAUCGAUAGUUUUGACAGUCUGAUCAAGGAGAAGGAUGUGGAGCUGCAACACCUUGCAAACACACUGAAGAACCUGCAGAGAGCAAAACAAGAUGUAGAAGACAACUUGAACAGAUCACUGAGAGAGAAGGACUCCAUCAUCAUUCAGCUGCAGCUUUCUUUGGAGGGCAAGACAAAGGAUAUGGAUGACAUGGCCGAAUCCAUGCUGAGCCAGUCGCAGACUAAUGCUCGCGACCUUGCUGAACAGAUGAGCCAGAGGUUAAAGGUCACAGAAGCAAUGUUGGCUGAGGCUGUGGCGGCCAGGGCAAGGCUGGUCGCUGACAAUGAGAGUGCUGUGGAGGGACUGUUGGCUACAAUCAGGAGCAAGGACCAGCUGCUCAAGGAGUCUGCAGAGCACUACAACCGCAUGCUAUCUGAGCGCACUCAGGAGAUCCAGGAGCUGAGGAGGCAGCUCACUGACAUGCAGCAGAAGCUUGCCACUGCUGAGAAGCAAAGCUCUACAGCAGCCCAGGAGAGUCAUUUAGACACUGCAGGGCUCAGAGCCAUGCUCGCUGAGAAAGACAGCCUCAUCAACAAGCUUCUACAGCGUGGCCAGGAGAUGGAUCAGUUUGUGGUAGAUUUGAGACAGAAGGAGGAGUCGGAACAUGUGUUGGAGCUCAGACACACCAUCCAAAUCAUGCAGGAGAAGAUGGUUGACAGGGAAGCUGAGCUGUCCAGGAGCAACAGUGGGGAUAACAUGGAGAACGUUCUGCAUUCCAAGAAGACAGUCGUGGUCCUGAAAAAGGAGCUUGCACAGAAAACUGAGGCACUGAAUAAAGCACUGAAGCGGGAAAAUGAACUGAAGAUGUCUUUGGCAGAUCUACAGUCAUCCCUGUCUGAGCUGGAGGGUCGUUACGAAGGUCAGGCUGCUAACGUGGAGUCCCUGACUUCAACUCUGAAGACCAAGGAUGAGAUUAUUGAUGCUCUCCACCAGCGCCUUGGGCAAAGAGGGGAAAAUGGGUCUGAUCAGACCCAGGAUCAGAUGGUUGGCUCGGGCAUGGAGAGGUCACUGCCUGGGCUCCCUCAGAGAGAGAGGACCAUGAUUGGAGGAGAUAGCCAGCAAGAAGCAUUGCCUAGCCUUACAGCCUUGCAACAGCAGCACGACUCUCUGAACAAAGCGCUGAGAGCCGAGCAGCAGCUCUACUCCAGCCUCGUCAAGACUGUAAAGGAGCAGGACAGCGCUCAGCGUCUCCAUGCUCUGCAGUUGGAGCUGACAGCAGUGCAGCUCCUCAGGCAGCAGCUGGAGGAGGGCAUCAAAACUAAUGAGGAACUCAGGGACGAUCUGGAGAGGGAGAUACUCAGAGCCAAACUCAGAGAAGGUAUGGACCUGAUUGAUCCUAAAGAGCUGGAGAGCAUGAGACAUCAGCUUGAAGAUGCUCAGCGCUGGAAUGCCUCUCUGCAGGCCCGCCUAGGAGCCAUUCAGAGCCGUGGAGGAGGGGUCGGUGGGGCCAGUGAUGGUGGGGAAACUUUGAGUUUCAUUGGAGACCAGACUUCCUACAUGAGUAUCUGUGUGGGAGAGGAGCAUGAGGACAGCUUGUCUCAGCUCUCCACACAAGAGCUCAAGCAGAAGGUGAUGGAGCUGCAGGAUUCCAGCAGCAGACUUCAGACUUUAAACAAUGAGCUGCAGAGCCGACUGUCAUUAUUGGAGAAGUCGGGCCAAGACGCUUACGUCAAGGAAGACAGAGACGUGGCCAGCAGCAGCAGCAGCAGCAGCAGCAGCAGCCCAUUAAAACAGCAGCCUGAGGAGACGCAUGAGAUGCAGCCUGUGGCUCACAGUAACAGGACGCAUCUCUCCGGUCAGGAUAAACAGAGUCAGACAGACAUCAAAGUAGGACAGAUGUUGCCUGGAAAGCUGUUGGGAGAUUUUAGUCUAGACAGUGGCCUUGGCCAGAGUAGAGAGCAUGCUCACUCUGCCAUCUCCACUUUGGACACUGAAGAGAGACACUCCAGGCAGAGCAACACAGAUGUAACGGCACUUAAAUCCUUGCUGACUAAUUGUGGGGCUGCGUCAGUCUCACACCUCAGAGAGGAGCUGCUCAGACUUCGAUCAGAAAAUACGGAGCUGCGGGGUCUCCUUAAGGAACAAAAAUCUACUGAGAGUAAAGAGAAAGCAAGCACAGACGCCUCAGGGGACAGCAGUGACGGACAGGCUGAAUUGAGAAGGAGUCUGGAGAAACUGCUUGCUGAGUCAAAAGGUCGCCCUAAGGUCAUCAGUCUGUCAAAGGAGGAAGGAGGGAAGAAAUCUAAGGAGAUGUCGCAUAGGAAGACCCCUCUAACCCCUGAGCCGACUGUCAGCAGCAGUGAGGGGAUGGAGAGUUCAGCAGCUAAAGACCAGACAUCACACAGCAGGAGUGCAAAGCAGCAUGUUGUACGGCAUGGGGUAAGUUUCUUCAUUAAGUGUAAAGAAACACAGCAUUGGGCUCUGUAUCAAGUCUAG